AUGCCAACUCAGCCUCUCGUUCGCCUGGCCGAUCUCCCGUCGCUACUCUGGGCCUUUACAGAAAGCGACUUCUCCACAUUUGUGCUGCCGAAUACUGGAUUCGGUCUUCUCGCAGCGCUGGUGGCACCCACACUGACCGACUGCAGCGAGGCGCCGAGCGCUCUGGGCCUCCUGCUCCAAGCAUCCCCGCGCAUCCUCCUCUUCAACUGGGGCAACCUUCUGGUAUUCGACUUGGCAAACCAGCGCCUUCCGGAAUCCGUGGUGGAGGAUGCGGUGAAUAAGCCGUGGCGACCGCUGCCCCGAGGUCAGAUCAGCCCGACACAGACGAGGCAAUUGCUUCUGGCCGCCGUCGCCGCUGUAUGGACUGUCAGCUCGCUGCUGGGGGUGGGGGCGGAAUGUGCACUGAUUUUAGUCCUUACUUGGAUGUACAACGACCUGCACGGCGGCGACGAGCUGUGCCGUGAUUUGAUCAUUGCGCUCGCGUACGACCUCUACCUUGUCAGCUCGCUACGAAUUGCCCUGGCGACCACUGGCACUUGCGACAAUGUAAGCUUUGCGAAGCGUGGAUACCAGUGGCGGGCGAUGAUUGUUGGGGUAAUUGCGACGACGAUGCAGAUCCAGGACCUGAGGGAUCAAGCUGGCGACCGCAAGCGAGGCCGCAAGACAUGGCCCCUGGUGGUCGGCGAGCUUUCGCGCCAGUGGAUUGCAGGGUGUGUGGUGUGCUGGAGUGUGGUGUGUGCGGGCUUCUGGCAGGUGCCGGCGCCCGUUGCGGCGGCGGUGGUGGCACUGGGGGCGUGGAUUGGCGUGUGUGUCUUGCGGGGAAGAGCAGACGUUGCCGCCUGGAGAGUGUGGUGUCUGUGGCAGCUGGUGCUGUACACUCUGCCUGCUUGCAGUCUCCUGUGA